AUGCUGCUGCUGCUGCUGCUGCUGCUGCCCUGGGCAUCAGUGCUCUGCUGGGGGCUGCUGCCCCAGGCCCAGGGGCGCGCCCAGCACCGGCUCGCUCUGCGGAUCAGCAAGAAACAGCUGGAAGCAGACAUUUCAGAUCUCUUCUUGGAACACCCUGUCCUGCACCGCCGGACCAAGAUCCCACUGACAGGGGCUGGGGAUGGAGGGGUCGCCAUUUUGGACCACCUGCCCUUCGUGAAAGAGCGUCUGUCCAAGAAGGCGAGCGGGCUCCAUCUGUCGCUGGGGAGCCUGCUCGCGAAGGAGAGCCUCCUGGGCGAGCUGCUGCAGGCCGCGGGGCUGGUCAUUGAAGAUACCCAGGCCCUGGAGGUGCACCUGGAGAUACUGGCAGACGCCUUGAUGCAGCUCACCCUUCGGAACAAGCUGUACCUCACGCUUCCCCAGGUCCUGCGGCUGGAACUCCUCAAGAACAUCCGCAUUGGAGCACGGCUGGAGCAGAUGAGGAACAAGACCCAGGUGAAGCUCGAGGAAUGCUACACACCCCCAGGAUACCUGAGCAUCGAGGUUCUGGAGCAGCUGAACCCCCUCCUGGUCAACGAGGCUCUGCUGCUGAUCACGAGUACCCUGGACGAGGCGCUGCCCUUCCUGCUGCAGAAAAUAGUGUGCCCCCUGGCUGAGACCCUACUCAACUUGCUGCUGGAGGACCUGCUGCACCUCACUCUGCCCCCCACCUUCACGGGCCCAGAGGAUGUCCAGUACUACGUGACCACCACAGAGCUCAUGGAGGACGCCAUCCUGAUGCACGUGCAGCUCUUUACUCCAUGUGGCCCAGGCCAGAAACCCCUAAAGCCUGAAUACCAGGUCGACAAGCACCUCCCCAAAUUAGCUCAGGAAAGCAUGGCAGACCUGCUCUUUCACCUGGAGACCUACAAUGACAUCCUGUUCUGCCUCUACACCAGCAAGGAGAUCUCUGUGGAUCCGCAGGACUCCACGUUUGCUGAGCUCACUCAGAUGUUGGUGCAGCGAGAGCUGGAGCCCGGGCAGAAGGCUGCCGAGCCCCCCAGCGAGGCCCUGAAGCUGGUCCUCAGAGCCCCUCAGCCUCCCCAGGUGCACCUUGAUGGCCACACAACCACCGUCACACAGUUGGGCUCACUGACGCUGGCCAGGCCCAACAACACCUCCCAGGCCACGGUUUUAUGGAAACUCCUUGCAAAGGCUGAGUUCCCCCCAACCAUCAAUGAGAAGUUAGUGCUCCAGAUGGACCUGAAAAGCGCCAGUCUCAGCCUCGUCCACUACCCCACUGGCCUCGCCGAGAAGGAGAAGAAUCUGGAGGCCUCUGUCCUGGAGCUUCUGAAGAGGACAUUCAUGCCCAGUCACAACGAACUGCUCAGCAAACAAGGCCUCCCGCUGCCCAGCAUCAGAGGCCUGUCCUUCGGCAAGGCCCACAGAGAGCUUUCCGAGCCCUCCUGGAUGCCCCAGCUCCUAAUGGAGCAGUGUAGGCACUGA